UAAUAGAAAUUAACUUUUAAUAUAUUGUUCAUAUUAAAUUAUGAAAUUAAAAAUCAAAUUGCUGGUCUUCCAACGGUCACAAGGCAGAACUCUGAACUGUUUAAAUUUCCUCUCGUCUUCUUCAUCCGCUUAUUCCCUCCAAAACUCUCUCUCUCGUUUUUUUUUUCAUCAAAUGUAUCUGGAGGCCGUUUGAUUUCCGGGAAAAUCCUAGAAAAUGAGGGAAAAUCAGGAGGAAGUCGUGAAGGAUCUCAUCACUCAGAGUUAUAUAGCCGCUGUGAAAUCCUAGUUUUCUGGAUUCCAAGUAUGAGGAACGAAGCGUCUCCGAGAAUUGAUCACCGAUCGCUCUAAAACCUUUUACCUUUGCGGAGCGAUUGUGAGAAUGUUGGAGAACAGAGCCGAUGUGGUUUCCGAUGUGAUCGUGCCUGAGGAUCGACCUCGACAGCUUGUCUUCACCAAAUUAGGCUUAUCUCCUGUUGUCUCUCUCUCGCCUCUCCGAGAGCUCCCACUGUUUCCUGAGCUCUCUCAUUUUCCAUCCAAAAAGCCGAGGAGAGUGACACCGGAACCAAUAACCGACACAGAUUGGAAUCGCCGUACUCUGAGGAAGUACAAAGGUUGCCACUGCAGACAAUCCAAGUGCUUGAAGCUGUACUGUGAGUGCUUUUCUUCUGGAGUGUUCUGCAGUGGAUGUGAUUGUGUUGAUUGCCACAACAACUUUGAGAACUGGGAUCUCAGAAAAGUCGCCGUCGAUAAUAUCCUAUUUCGUAAUCCGAAUGCGUUCAAGGGAAAGCUUUUCCACUAUCCAAGCGACAAGCAGGAUGAGACGGCAGAUGCUGCUAAGGUUGUCAUUCCGAUGAGAGGAUGCAAAUGCAAACGAACCGAGUGCCUCAAGAAGUACUGCGAGUGUUUCCAGGCCAAUCUCUUCUGCUCGGAACACUGUAAAUGCAUCAACUGCAAGAAUGUCGAAGAAGAGAUCCAGACAGAUGUUUCUGUCAAGGGCCGAAACCAUAGCAAGCUUCUCUUCGAAUUUGGGAAGCCCGAGAGGAAGACGCUUAGGUCUAGUGAGAAGAACAAGAUCAACAUGGAGAGAGACGAACUCAGGAAACAAGCCAAGUCUUCAACUGCGACGCCUUAUGAUGCCACUCGAGAUCUUCUACGUCUCUCGAUGUCUGGAAGUUCAAAGCUUCCAUACAGAAAGAAAAAGUCACCAUUGGGGGAUACCAUACUUCUUCCAGACAUGGUAGAUAUAUGCUCUCUUCUUCUGUCUGCAUCGGUAUCCGCCAAAGCUUACGCAGGCAACACCACACUGUUGGAGCUACAACCAAACAUGGAAGAAGAGACCAGGAAUUUACAAGAGCUAGAUUAUGAGCAGGAUAUAUGCAUUAGACAAGGCGGCGACACAAAUGAAAAUGCAGAAGAAAUGGUACAUUCAACGGGAAGAAUGAUUGAAAUGAUCGAUACUCUAAGCAAUUCAAAGGAUCUGAGUAAGAGAGACAGUGAUGAUGGUAAUGGAGGAGAUACUUACAUCGAGCAGGAAAGGGCGGUGCUUGAAACUCUCAGGGAUUGUCUCCGGAAGCUCAUCGUGGUUGGAUACAUUACAGGUUCAAAGAAAACUUCUCUCUGA